CGCCUGCGCAGGACCUCUGACCACAGGCUCGCGGCGCGUGGAGGCUGCUCCGAUCCGCGCGCUUCAGCUCGGCUUCGGCUUCUGGUGGCAGCCGCGGCGCGCUGCGGUCGCGCGCCAUGUCGUGGCUCUUCGGGAUCAAGGGCCCCAAGGGCGAAGGAGCGGGGCCGCCUCUCUCCCUGCCGCCCGCUCAGCCUGGAGCCGAGGGCGGCGGGGACCGGGGCGCGGGGGACCGGCCGGGGCCCAAGGACAAAUGGAGCAACUUUGACCCCACGGGCCUUGAGCGCGCAGCCAAGGCGGCGCGAGAGCUGGAGCAUUCGCGACAUGCCAAGGAGGCACUGAGUCUUGCACAAAUGCAGGAGCAGACGCUGCAGCUGGAGCAACAGUCUAAGCUCAAAGAAUACGAGGCCGCUGUGGAGCAGCUGAAAAACGAGCAGAUCCGCGUGCAGGCAGAAGAAAGGAGGAAGACUCUGAACGAGGAGACGCGGCAGCACCAGGCCAGGGCCCAGUACCAAGACAAGCUGGCCCGGCAGCGUUAUGAGGACCAGCUGAAGCAGCAGCAACUUCUCAAUGAGGAGAAUUUACGGAAGCAGGAGGAGUCGGUGCAGAAGCAGGAGGCCAUGCGGCGAGCCACCGUGGAACGGGAGAUGGAAUUGCGGCACAAGAAUGAGAUGCUGCGGGUGGAGGCAGAGGCCCGUGCCCGAGCCAAGGCCGAGCGCGAGAACGCGGACAUCAUCCGUGAGCAGAUCCGCUUGAAGGCUGCCGAGCACCGCCAGACCAUCCUGGAGUCUAUCAGGACAGCUGGCACCCUGUUUGGUGAAGGAUUCCGUGCCUUCGUGACGGACUGGGACAAAGUGACAGCCACGGUGGCUGGGCUGACGCUGCUGGCCGUCGGAGUCUAUUCUGCCAAGAACGCCACAUCUGUUGCUGGACGGUACAUUGAGGCCCGGCUGGGGAAGCCGUCCCUGGUGAGGGAGACGUCCCGUAUCACGGUGCUAGAGGCUCUGAGGCACCCCGUGCAGGUCAGCAGGCGGCUCCUCAGUAAGCCUCAGGAUGCACUGGAGGGCGUCGUCCUCAGUCCCAGCCUGGAAGCGCGGGUGCGGGACAUUGCCAUAGCAACAAGGAACACCAAGAGGAACCGCAGCCUGUACAGGAGCAUUCUGAUGUACGGGCCUCCUGGGACCGGCAAGACCCUGUUUGCCAAGAAACUCGCGCUGCACUCAGGCAUGGACUAUGCCAUCAUGACAGGCGGGGAUGUGGCCCCCAUGGGGCGGGACGGCGUGACUGCCAUGCACAAGGUCUUCGACUGGGCCAGUACCAGCCGGCGAGGCCUCCUCCUCUUUGUGGAUGAAGCGGACGCCUUCCUCAGGAAGCGAGCGACUGAGAAGAUCAGCGAGGACCUCAGGGCCACCCUGAAUGCAUUCCUGCACCGGACGGGACAGCACAGCAGCAAGUUCAUGCUGGUCCUGGCCAGCAACCAACCCGAGCAGUUUGACUGGGCCGUCAACGACCGCAUUGAUGAGAUGGUCCGCUUCGACCUGCCCCAGCUGGAAGAGCGGGAGCGCCUGGUGAGGAUGUAUUUUGACAAGUAUAUUCUGAAGCCAGCCACAGAAGGAAAGCAGCGCUUGAAGCUAGCUCAGUUUGACUACGGCAAGAAGUGUUCGGAGAUUGCACAAUUGACAGAGGGCAUGUCGGGCCGGGAGAUCUCCCAGCUUGCUGUGGCAUGGCAGGCCAUGGCGUAUGCCUCAGAGGAUGGGGUCCUCACUGAGGCCAUGAUGGAUGCCCGGGUCCAGGAUGCCAUCCAGCAGCACCAGCAGAAGAUGCAGUGGCUGAAGGCUGAGGGAGCCAGGCUUACGAGUGACCAGCCCCUGCUCCCAAGUACACCAGCUGAGUGAGCUGGGCCUGGAUACCCAGGGGGGCACACUGGCCAGGUGGCUUUGCCAGGAAGAAGCACCAAGAUGCCCACUUUUCCCAGUGAUGGGCCUACACGGCCAUCCACCUCAGCUUUUUUAAAUAUUCCUCUGGUCAGGCCCAGGACAGCAUUAAAGGCCUCUGCUUGGGAUCAGCUGCAGCUGUAGCCUCUUUGUGGGAGGGGUGGCUCCUCUGUAUCCCAGUCUUUUCCCUCCGGGCUGUGGUGCUUGCUGGGUGGGCCAGACUGGGGCCAUCCCCUGACCCCCAGGGUGCCACUGGGAGAUGUGAGUCUCUAAGCCAGGCCCAGAGCUGGGGAGAAGGCACUGUCGCCAUGCCCAGGGACAGUGGUCCAGCUGGCACUGCGGGUUCUCAGGUGCUGGCUAAGUACUCGAGGCUGGCUGCUGCAUCUGUGACCAGAGCAGGCCUGGUUGAGGGAGGGCUUGUCAUGGGUAGGGGCCUGACCUUGCCCAGUCUCACCCAGCAAGUCACGGGUGAGCAGAGCAGGCCCCUGUGCUGCUGGGUGGGAGCUGCUUCCCCCCUGAACUAGGGAGAGGGGGAGAGGCCCUGGACACCUCUGACUGUGGUACACCCAGAGGGUAAGAACUAGCUGCCAGCGACCGGGGGUGGUGGCUGAAAGCCCCAAGACCCACUGGCCAGGAAUGUCCAGUGCUGGGGGUGCUGCCCUACUGUGGCCCUCCAUCCAUUGGAGUUGGGGUCUUUCAGAAUCCAAUAAAGACUCUGACAGGAUACCUCA